CUGUCUGUUUUGUGGGAGGCAGGGAUGACUCCGCUCCCCGCCGCUCCCCUCAGGGUGUUGCAGUGCAGCUGCCUUCUGGCAGCACGACCAGGAACUGUUGGGAGAGGCAUGGGAGGAAUUUCAAGGUCUACCAUUUGCUGGGGAUCUCCGAGGUUGCAGUUAUGGCAGUGCUGAGGAAGGAGGGAUGAAAUGGGUGUCUUGAGUAUGUCAUUCAUAUAGCUGUGGAAGGCUUUAUCAGCUCUUGAGCACAUUUUCUCUUGCACACACACUUACACCACUCAAGGCUGGAACUGCAGUGGAGGAAAAUGGAGCCUGUAGAUCUCCUGGCAUUUGUCUCUGCAGAAAUGAAUAGUACAACGGUCACCCUGGCUUUGCUGGCCCUCUUCCUGGUCCUGCUAUAUUGGUACUCCACUUCUGCAUUCUCUAAACUAAGUAAAGUAGGAAUCCGACAUCCUCCACCUCUUCCUUUCAUUGGAAACCUGCUCUUUUUCCGUGAGGGUUUUUGGGAAAACCACACAAAACUCAUAACGGAAUAUGGGCCUAUUUGUGGGUACUACAUUGGUCGCCAGAUGUUUGUGGUGAUCUCCACACCAGACAUGAUCAAGCAAAUCUUAGUGACAGACUUCAGUAACUUCUCCAAUAGAACUAAGCCGAACUUGAUUUCCAAGCCAAUGCUUGACAGCAUACUUUGUCUUCGUGAUGACAGAUGGAGGUAUGUCCGGAGCCUCCUGACCCCAGCCUUCAGUGAUACCAAACUGAAAGAGAUGACACCACUAAUAAACCAGGCCUGUGACGUCCUGCUGUGUAACUUGAAAGUGUAUGCAGAUUCUGGCAAAGCUUUUGAUAUCCAGAGGUGUUACAACUGCUUUACCUUGGAUGUUGUUGGUAGCGUAGCUUUUGGUAUUGAAGUGGAUUCUCAGAAGAAUCCCAAUGAUCCCUUUGUUAAGAAUUGCAGAACAUUCUUUGAAAUGUCUUUGUUUAAGCCUCUCCUCAUUCUAAUCCUUUCUUUCCCAUCCAUAAUGAUCCCAUUGCUCCGGAUUUUGCCAAACAAGAAACAAAAGGAACUGAAUAGAUUUUUUAUCCAAACCAUAAAAAAAGCAAUUGCCUUCAGAGACCAGCAAGAUGCAGCUGAGAGGCGCAGAGAUUUUCUUCAGUGGAUGCUUGACUCCCGUGACUCGGCUGACUCCCUGGAAGCUGCGUGUUUUGAUGUGAUUAGUUCAUCUGCUGCUUCCAGACAGAGCAAGGCACCUCUUAAUAGCAAGGCCCCAUCUGAAAAGGUUCAGAAGACAUUAACAGAGGAUGAGAUAGCAGGCCAAGCUUUUUUGUUCCUGAUUGCUGGGUAUGAGACCACCACUAGCACACUGUCCUUUGCCACGUACUUGCUAGCCACCAAUCCAGAGUGCCAGGAGAAGGUGCUUUGGGAGGUCGAUGAGUUCUCAGCAAAACAUAUGGUCCCUGAUUACCAAAAUGUACAAGAGCUCCCUUAUCUAGACAUGGUGAUUGCAGAGACAUUGCGCAUGUACCCACCUGCAUUCAGGUUCACUCGGGAAGCAGCUAAAGACUGUGUAGUGCUGGGGCAGCAUAUUCCAGCUGGGGCUGUCAUUGAAACCGCAGUUGGACACCUCCACCACAACCCUGAGUUCUGGCCACAGCCUGAGAAGUUCAUUCCUGAGAGGUUUACAGAGGAGGCCAAGAAGGAACGGGAUCCCUUCACAUAUCUGCCCUUUGGGACAGGGCCCCGUGGCUGCAUUGGCAUGAAGAUGGGUUUGCUGGAGACAAAAAUUACUCUGCUGAGAAUUUUGCAGAAGUUUCAAUUUAAGACCUGCCCAGAGACUGAGAUUCCUUUGCAGCUGAAAUCAAAAGCCACACUUGGACCAAAAAAUGGAGUUUACAUUAUGCUAGAAUCUCGCUAAAAGAAAAUGUACAUGCUGAAGCCUCCUGGGAUGGGACUCCUUGUUCACUGACUCACUGGGUAUACUUAUCUUUCAAAGCCCCAAAGACAGGUGGGAGCCUAAGUCCCACUGAAGGUCGGUGAAUGCUGCCUCACUGCCCUCCUGUGGGAGAGCCUCCAAUCACUCUUUUAAAUGAGAGGUGGGCUCCGCAAUCUUUUUGGUGGUUUUUGAAUUGCUGUGAAUAGUAUCUGUAAAGCAGCAGCCCACUUUCACUUGCUUUUCUACAUUACAUUUCCUUUCUUUGAGAAUACUUUCUUCAUACUUAAUUUCAAUAAAUGGAGCAGGUGUUAAGCAUACACGUGAUUUACAAUACACUUUAAUUACAAUUCAUUAUCUCACACAUCCUUCUCAUGCGCUUAAAAGUCCCCACUCUAGGCAAAGCAAAAGAGGCACCACAGUUAUUGCAGAAGA